UUUUCAAAAUGUAACAUAAAUAUGAAGAGACCAGACUAAUGCACGCCAUAAGAGAACCUCGUCCCCACCUAUUACACAAGGCUAAUGCAUGCAAGAAAUGAACCAAUAAUUCUGCACAAGUCACUGUAUAUGACGUGACAAGACUCUGCAGGGAAUCUCGUCCCCACCACCGACAUGAAGUGACAAGACUCUGCAGGGAAUCUGGUCCCCACCACAGACUUGACGGGACAAGGCUCUGCAGGGAAUCUCGUCCCCACCACAGACAUAAAGUGACAAGACUCUGCAGGGAAUCUCGUCCCCACCACCGACAUGAAGUGACAAGACUCUGCAGGGAAUCUCGUAAUAACCUAUGCAUUUUGGCUAUAAAUAUGUUCCCAAACUUGUUCAUUUUCUUCAUCACCUCUUAUACUAUCAUCAGAGCAACUUAGCAUCAGAGCAACUUUGUGUUUCAUCAUCAACAAACAUGUCUCUCCUAACUAUGGGUCAAGAGCACCGAGGCACCAUUGCAAACAUUGCGACCUAUGAUGUCACGAGAUUUAGGACCCGUGCUGGUAAGAUGAUUGCUCCUGACCCUUUGAUUGUGGACUACGUUAAACGUGCGGGAUUUGGUGAGGUAAUGAACUUAACACAUACCUCAGUUGAUAUGAAGUUUAUAUUAGCAUUGUGUGAGCGUUGGAGGCCUGAGACUCAUACUUUUCACCUUCCAAUGGGUGAAUGUACCGUCACUCUAGAGGACGUGUACAUGUUGUUGGGUCUCAGAACAAAUGGAAAGGCAGUGUAUGGAAAUGUCCAACAACCAAACGCCCUAUGCGUCGAAUUGUUGGGUGUGGAUUUAAUAGAGGGUGAGGGGCAACAAAGGGGUAGGGGCCAAGGUAUAAAGCUUGCUGGCCUUCAGGAAGCUUAUGUUGGGAUUCAAUUGGAUCAGUUUUCUGACGAAGAAACUAUACUGCGGAAAACUAGGAUGUAUAUUAUGUUGUUGUUUGGUAGGUUUCUAUUUCCCGAAGGCACGGGAAAUAGUGUUAAUUUUAUGUACUUGUGUUUACUUGGGGACAUUGAUGCAAUAAAGACAUAUAGCUGGGGUUCGGCUGUGUUGGCAUACCUAUAUAGUUCCUUAUGCAAAUGUGCAAAAAAGGAUGUUUGUACAUUUAGUGGAUGUGCAUUCUUGCUACAAACAUGGGCAUGGCAGCAAGAUAUCUUGGCCCUAGGUAAUCCAUCUAAAGAAAGGGAUGCUUGGAAGGGGGAAGCCAAAGCUAUGAAGUUUAGGUGCUCUACUCUCUAUAAGGAGCUUGUUGCAUUGUAG